AUGCCGCCAGUGCUGUCCUUACUGCUCGUCUUGGCCCUGUCUGCCCCGGCCCAUGCCUGGCCACGGCCCCUCUGGUAUCAGGUGGGGCUGGACUUGCAGCCCUGGGGCUGCCAGCCGAAUGCCCUGGAGGGCUGUGAGGGGGCCCUGGGCUGUUCUGGCCACUGGAUGGGUAUGUCAAGCCACAUCUACCCUGUGGCCGGGGUCACGGUCACCACCACCAUGAUGCUGUUGCUCAGCCGGGCAGUGCUGCAACGGAGGCGCUUGCAGGUCACCAAGGGUGAGCCUGCCCGGGUGUCCCCUGGCCCCUGUGGCCCCUGGAAGCGACGGGGCCCAGUUUCAGACCGCACCCUCCUCCGGGGGGUCCUGCACAUGAUGGACGCCCUGCUGCUGCACAUAGAGGGACACCUGCAGCGCGUAGCCAUGCAGUCACAUAAGCAAAUAAAGGCGGCUCCCGCCCAGAGCCGGUGA